AUGAACAGCACUCAGCUGUGCGAGCGUGUAUAUUUCAGCCCAGGCAGGCGAGUCUGGGAGCCCUGGCGCACGCGGGGUCCGCGCCCCGGCUGGGUCGGUUGCACCGCAGCGAGCAACGCCGUCCCCUACCUGGGUGGGAAAUCCGCUGGCGGCCGCCUCCGGAUGCAGGCAGAGCAGCGUCCGCCCCGGCAGCCCCGCCUGAUCAUGGGCGUCGUCUCGCUGUCUCCACCCCGCCUAGGGCGAGGGGGCGCUGUGGACUCCACAUGCCCUUCCACCCACUCUGAACUAGGAUGCGUCAGAGGGCUAGACGCAAGUUCCCGGGAAGGGGAAUCCUCUGAUCACGCCGCCCCCAAAGUAUCGUCGAUCAUGGGUGCUGUUCGACUGCUUUGUUCUCGUUUGCCUCAUCAGGAACUGAAAAGAACCUACCUGGCCAGCGUGGGGAGGAGGAAAGCCUGCCAGGCUUGGCGAGUUCUGGAAGAGCCUUCCCUUUUCUCCAUCGGGCUCAUCCUCCAUCAUGAGGUCUUCAGCUGGACUCCUCACUCUCUCGCUGCCGUCAAUGCCCUGCGCUCCAGCUCCCUGCCUCUUCCCUGGCUGGGGCCUCCGCCGACUCGCACCUGGACCACCCGCAAGGACUUCAACUUCUCAGGCUCCUUGAGUCGUUUCUCAACAUGUGAUGGAGUGGCUGCAGUAUCUACAAAUGGAGAGACGAGUAUGCUGAGUAUCUCCAUGGAGAGCAUGCCACGUGUGGCAGAGGAUGCAGGAGAUUUUGGAGCAGUUCGCACAUUGAAGGAGGAGAAGAAGCAUGACAUGCGUCAGGUAGAGGAGCUGGAGACAAGUUUGGCUCCACUAAGACGGCAAGUCUUCUGAACCCUACACCCGGAGCCCCCAGCAGGACCCUCGGAGGUGGAGCAGCAGCUACAAGCCAAGGUCAAGCACCUGCAAAAGGAGCUGGAGAGUCUGGCAGGACAGCUCCAAGCCCAGGUGGAAGCCAACGAGGGCUUGAGUCAGCUGAACUGGGAGCAGGAGGAGAGGCUGCGGGAGCAGAAAGCAGAGCUCUGGGAGAAGCAGGGAGAGGCGGGCAGGUCCUCCGUGCAGAACGACCGCACCACCAUCAGCCACGCGCUCUCCCAGAAUCACCAGCUGGAGGAGCAGCUGGCCAAGGUGAAGCAGAUGGGACCUGGGCAGGUGACAGAGCCCCACAGUGCCCUCUCUACCCUAUUAAUGGGCCCAGAAUCUGGAAGCCAGCCACUAGCUGCCCUCAUGCCCAAGGGCUUCCUGCAGGUGGAGCUGGAGAGCCAAGAGGCUCAGAGUCUGCAGCGGCAGCGAGACCAGUACCUGAGUCACCUGCAGCAGCACGUGGCUGCCUAUCAGCAGGUGACCUCUGAGAAGGAGGCGCUGCACAGGGAGUUACUGCUGCAGACCCAGCUCGUGGAUCAGCUGCAGCAGCAGGAAGCUCAGGGCAAAGCAGUGGCCGAGAUGGCCCGCCAAGAGCUGCAGGAGACUCAGGCAAGGGAGUUAUGCCUGGAAUCUACCAGCCAGCAGAACCAGCAGUUACAGUCCCAGAUGAGCCUCAUGGCUCUCCCUGGGAAAGGUACAGGACACCACUCAGAGAAAGAGGAGAGAGAGGAGGAGGAGGCACCUCAGCCCAUGCCGAGCAUCUUGGAGGACCUGGAGAGCCGGGAGGCCAUGGUGGCCUUUUUAAACUCGGCUUUAGUCAGUGCCAAGGAGGAAUAGCAGGCACAGCUAUGUGGGCAGCUGAAAGAGCAAAGGGUGUGCUGCCAGCGCCUGGCUCACCCAGUGGCCUUGGCCCAGAAGGAGCCAGAGGUGGCUGCCCCAACCCCAGGGACUGGGGGCGAUUCUGCAUGUGGGGAGAUCCACCGGGUUUUCACCAUGGUAUGGACAGUGGAUUUGCAGGUGGAGAAGACAAAAUUUAUGUUUACGAUCAAGCCUGGAGAGGUGGUAAAUAAAGAUAUGGUCCAGAGUAUUUAUAGGUCCAGUAAAAAUCUGGACAAAGACAUGUAUGAUGAUUACCUAGAAGCCAGAAUAAAGACCAACAGAUUUGUUCCCAACAAGGAGUUUUUCAGACCAUAG